CAUAAAUAGAAGUUCCUCCCUUUUCUCUUCACCAGAAUAACUCGGCUGCCAGCAAACCCAGGUGCUCCGUAGACUAACAGAAGACUACAGGACACAAGCUAAAAUGGACAACAUGAUUCUGGUCUCUAACGUCUGCAGUCUUUUUUUGAUUGUAUUAUCCAUCGUGGGUUAUUCCAGCUGUCUUCCUCGAAGUGAAGAAUCUAUUUGUACAGCAGAGGAGCUUGCUAAGUAUAGUAUAGUUUUUACUGGGAAAUGGAGUCAAGCUUCGUUCCCUAAACAAUAUCCCCUGUACAGGCCCCCUGCUCAGUGGUCACCACUGCUCGGAGCGACUCACAGUUCAGACUACCACAUGUGGAAAAAACAUGAGCCGGCCAGUAAUGGAGUGCGUGAAUUUUCAGAAAAAGGUGAAGCCUGGUCACUGAUGAAAGAAAUAGAAGCAGCUGGUGAAAAAAUUCAAAGUGUGCAUGGCAUCUUUUCAACGGGUUCCAUUACCAGUGGGACAGGACAAGCAUCAACCGAGUUAGAAGCACAUUCAAGACACCCAUUUGUGUCCUUCAUGGUCCGAAUUGUGCCAAGCCCUGAUUGGUUUGUGGGAGUUGAUAGCUUAAACCUCUGCAAUGGAAAUCAAUGGAAACAAAGUGUGACAUUAGACCUUCAUCCGUACGAUGCCGGAACAGAUAGUGGAUUCACAUUUUCAUCCCCCAAUUUUGCUACAAUCCCACAGGGCACUGUUACAGAGAUUACAGCUUCUUCUCCAAGUCAUCCUGCAAAUUCAUUUUUCUAUCCCAGGCUUAAGAAUUUACCACCCAUUGCAAAAGUGACAUUUACUAAAAUAAAGGGCAGGAUUGUGUCCUUCCUGGACAUACAAUCUAAUGUGACCGGAACAGGAAACGAGAUAGAAGAGAAUGCCUCAGAAACACCGCUGGAUUGUGAGGUCUCUGUGUGGUCCCACUGGGGCCUAUGUAAAGGCAGUUGUGGGAGCACUGGAUUUAAAAACAGAACAAGAUACAUCCGAAUGAAAGCUGCAAAUAAUGGAACUGCUUGUCCAAAACUUGAUGAACAAAAGGAAUGUGAACCCGAAAACUGUGUAUAGUUUGAAUUUAACACUAGAACAUAACUUAUUUUUAAAAGUAGGAUGAGUUUAUUAGUUAAAAAUAAAAGUACAUUUAACGCAAUAUACCAUGUGAUACUGGUAUUGCCUUUGACAAAGCUUCAUGUGAUAAUAAUCCCUUCUGGAUUGCCUAACAAUUUGAUCAGCUUUGUCUUCCGAUUUCAUAAAAUCAUAUGUAGCACCCUCUUGUGGCAGCAUCUGGAACAUUUUCAACAAGACAAUUAUCAUACAAAAGUAUAUUACGUGUACAAAUGUAAAUUUAUAUGAGCUCAAAAUACAGCCAUCAUGUCAAUAUUAAAGAACCAUUUUAAUUUA